AUGUACUUCUCCUUCUCUUACAUCACUUCCUUAACUGUGCUCGCCGCCAGUGUUCUUCCAUCUGUCUUCGCUGCGGUCGGCAUCCACUGUGGCACCACCUCAGACGCCACACUGUCUGAUUGCCAAGCUCUGGUAGAUCCUGACACUUGGAACAGUGUUUGGGCUGGUACAUCAAAUGUUUGCCAUUAUUCCAACCCAAACUCUGGCAUUGUGGGCGGCAAAGCCCAAAACGUCGCCUGCCACGGGAACUGCUGUGUUUAUGUCGCUGACGGCGGAGCUAAAAACUUCCAAUUCGUCUCUGAGACCAUCCGUAACGAGGCCGCUGGCUUGCUGGGCUGUGGCGAUACCAGCAAAGACAAGAUCAACGGACUGGACUUCUUCGAGGAUGGACAUGGCACAUGUAUCAGCAACGGCAAUGGGUGUGGAGACUGCUUUGACGACUCCGAUUUCUCUGGUGGUUGCCAGAUCUGCUGA